UCGUAUAUUCGUGUGAAUUUUAAUGGUCGCCAGAGCAGGCACGUCGCGUUAAGUAUUCUCAAUCAAUUCGCUAUUGGCAGAUAGAGAUCCGGCGAUCUGGUGACUGGCCGUCAACCAAUCAUGAGCACACUGAAUCCUCUAUCAAAAUACGUUUGAGAAUUGCACAGCGUUGAUCGACACGUCGUAUGUAUGUAACUCAUGCAGUGCCGUUACGACCUUUGGCACGGCGCAGGUGCACGUAUGUGAUACGUUAACCACGCACACACUUUUGUGCGGACCAUACGCACAUGUCGAGUUUCGAUAGAUGAAAUCGGUGAAAUUUUCGGAACAGAUGAUGAAAUUUACGAACUUGGAAUACGACGACAUAAUACCUACUCAUAAGGAAAUUCUCAUUGUCGCAUGCCGUACUACACCUCUACGAUAUAUUCCCCCGUUUCACAAAAUGUGUUCCGUAACGGAAGGAACAGCUUCUCAGAAGGUCAAGGUGAGCUGUUUAUCAAUUACAAAUGGGACCUCACAGCUGUAAAGAUUGCUUACAUGCUAGGAUUAUGGCGUCGAAUGGAUACCCUAGCACUGGCUCAGCUGCAAAGCCUUUGGUGCACCACUCACCACCCUGUGAGUCAGUGAAUUCAAUGCCGUGGUUUGGGAUGGAUAUUGGUGGAACCUUGUCUAAAUUAGUGUACUUUGAACCUAAGGACAGAACCAGGGACGAAGCUGAUGCUGAAGUAGAAACCUUGAAAAAUAUUCGACGUUAUCUUGUUAAGAAUUCAUCUUACGGAAAAACUGGCCAUCGAGAUACCCACUUGCAGAUGGAUAAUGUCAGCAUAAGGGGUAGACGGGGUACUUUACAUUUCAUCAGAUUUCCUACUAGUGAAAUGGGCAACUUUCUAGCACUAGCUAAAUCAAAAGGAAUGGCUAAUCUGGUUACGACGGUUUGUGCUACCGGCGGAGGUGCAUUCAAAUUUGAAGAAAAUUUCAAACGCGAAGUUAAUAUGAGUUUAGCCAAGUUUGAUGAGCUAGAUAGUCUGAUAAGGGGUAUGUUGUACAUCGAAAUGACAAAUCCCCAUGAAUGCUAUUACUGGUCACAUCCCACAUGUGACAAUCGGUGUCAAAAAGUACCUUUUGACUUUUCUGAUCCUUAUCCGUUUUUGGUUGUUAACGUUGGAUCUGGUGUGAGUGUAUUAGCAGUCUAUGGUCCCAAUAACUAUAAAAGAAUAUCAGGAACAAGCUUAGGUGGUGGCACGUUUUUGGGUCUGUGCUGUUUACUCACUGGAUGUAAUACUUUUGAAGAGGCUAUCGAUCUUGCGACUGGAGGAGAUCAUACGAGAGUAGACAAAUUAAUUAAAGAUAUCUAUGGUGGAGAUUACGACCGUUUUGGACUCCCAGGAGAUUUAGUUGCCAGCAGUUUUCUCGGUGUGUACAGUUUCGGGCAGAUGAAUUCCAAGGAACGACGAAAUGCUGUCUCGAAAGAGGAUCUUGCGCGUGCCACGCUUGUAACAAUUACCAACAACAUCGGCUCCAUCGCUCGCAUGUGUGCUGUCAAUGAAAAAAUCGAUAGGGUUGUAUUUGUUGGUAAUUUUUUGAGGGUAAACCCAAUCUCGAUGAAAUUGUUAGCAUCUGCUAUGGAAUAUUGGUCAAAGGAUACCAUGAAGGCAUUGUUUUUAGAACACGAGGGGUACUUUGGAGCAGUUGGUUGUUUAUUACAGUUCAAUGGCAAUACAAGUUAAUCAUGUUCUACGUUCCGUGCCGUUAUGUGAAGCAUUCCCAUGGUGAUCACAUCUUUAUAAACAUCGCGCCUAGUCGCAUGUUGAUGAAGAUUUGCAGAUGAUUUCUAUUUAUCGAAUUUAGCCGUUUAAUAAUAAUCUAAAAUCCGUAAGCAGAAAUCAGUAUUUUAUUAUUAUUUAUUUUCGUUAUUGUUCUUACUUUAUUUUAGGGCUCUCUACACGUUCACGAAUAUGUAUAUAUGUAUAGUAUGUGCGCAAGUUGAGUAAAGAAAAAGGUGCCACGCCAUUAGAUUCACAGCCACAACCCAUUGUUGAGUUAACACAAAACAAGCUUUCGUAUAAUUAUUAUUGAUACACUCUGUGGCUUCAAAUCAAUGGCUCCACUUUGCUUUGUUCAUUCUAUACACGUCAAGUGUAUAUUAUAUAAUCGUAUUGGAUCAAAUUUUCAACGUGUAUUUAUAAAAGAGAUAAAGAAAAAGAACAAUGUUUUUACUUAACCAUCAUAGAAAGUCCAGUCUCAGGGCACAAAUGUUUUAGGAACACAGAAUGAGUUGGUGGACCAAACUGUACGUGCGAAGUGAAUAGUUAUUUAUAACAAUAUUUUACAGAAUAACUUACUUAAUAUAAUGUCUAAGUUGUUGAAUAAUAUUUGUAAGCUGUCGAUGCUACAUCUGAGUUUCUCACACAAUACUUGAAGAACUCGAAAUAUAGCUUGAAUUAUCAACUGCUAAAUCUUACAAAAAAUCUCAACUUAUUAAUAAUGAAUUUUAUCGAAAUACUGAUACGUACGAUAUUGUACAGAUUACGUAGAACAUUUAAAAAAAAUCAAUUUUAUAGUAACUAAUUUUAUUACGUCUAGGAAUAGUCGCUCUUGCGUCAUAUUAUAUACAAAAAUCGUUUAAUACUGUUUUCUUUUUACUUCGAUAGUUUUAUAUAACGGGAUAAGUGUUGGUGAAUUUUGAAAUGCAUUACAUUACACCACAUUAGACAAUAUUUAGGUGACGCGAAUUGAUUUGCUUGAGGCUCUAGCUGGGGUAUACUUGUUCUGUCUUAAUUAUCUGUUAUUACACUGUUGAAAUAUGUAAGUAUUGUAUUUACGUCGUUGAUAAAUCUCGACUCGUUAUAUUUUAUUUUCUCUAUGUAUACGUGAUAGUAAUAAGCCUAACAAACUAUAAGAAUAGCAAAAUUAUGUCAUGCGUUCUCAGAGAAAGACUUGAGAUAACUUGUAUGUUUAUACGAGUGUUACGAAUCGAUUGUUCACCUGUUUUCGUCAAUAGUCUGAAGAAAUUUAUUAAAUUAUUGUCAGUAUCAACCAUAA